CUAGCUUGCCUCCACUUUUUAGACCACAUUACCCUCCAUUCCCACUCAAAUUCGAGCCGAAUGGCACAUUUGAAUUAUCAUCGUGAACGGGUCCUCCUUUAUUUUGAUUUCUCUCCCGUUAUUAAACCAUUCUCUGGGGUGAAUAUUUUCUCAAAAACGCGUUGCUCAAGAAAAUCAGUGGUCUUUCCAGCGUUGAUCUUUUCUAAGACGUUUGAAUACUACUACUAUUACUGCUGCGUCUUCCAGUCCUCCUUCCUUCGGGUCUCAAGUCUCUAGUCUCUAGUCUCAAGUCUCCAUUUUUCACUGGAUGAAAAUAUGUAAAGGGUGGGUUUCAUCAGAUUAGCCGCCAUUUGAUGCAUGCUCAUCCUUUAAGCUGUAGGAGAGAAACAAAGAUUGAAGCUUUUCAGCAAUUUGAUGCAUUCUUGAAGCUGUUGGAGUUGGGGUUUUCAAGAUUUUGGGUAGAAUUAUAAAUAUGACUAGUAUUUUGAGGAGUUUUAUGCCAGUUUCCGCCUCGAAAGUGGAUGAUCAUGAUGAGUAUAGCGUGGAGUACUCUUUCGCUUUGGAGUAUAGUGGUCCUCCUGUUGGCUAUGACAUUCCUCACGUGGUUCCGGUAGAUGUUAACCGGAUUCCGACUGCAGCUGUGGUUUCGAAGGCCUCUAUGUCGAAUAAUUUGUCCUUACCAAUUAUUCAACCAAUUGUUAAGAGUGACCGUUCCAGCAAGAGAUUAGCAAAGCGGUCUAAAGUUGGGCCUGAAGCGGCUGAGUUCGAAGGUUCUGACAGAAUUCUGCCCAGAAAAUCAGUAGUAGAUGCGAAUGAUCAAGAGGGUGCAGCAGUAGAUGGUUCGGAAAAUGGUGAUGCAUGUGCAGUGCCGAGGGUGUCAGAUGGAACUGGAAGUUCUGAUACCUUAGGUUUCUCGGACAGCCAUAAUGACUCCAAUGAGAUAUCAGAGAGUUCGGAUAUUGAAGACUUAAAUGAUGAAAAUAGUAGUCAUGCUCAACAUGCCAAUCCACAAUUGGAGGAUCGUAGCUUGAGCUCAUCUGCUUCCUCUUCUGAGAUUGCUACUUGUGAAGAGGUGGAAGAUUGUCUUGAUGAGACUCCCUACCGCGGCAGUAGAACCCCAGUUGUGACAUUCCGUGAUCCUCAAACCAGUGAAAUAACUUCUGAGGAUGGUAGCCUUGAUGAACUGGAUAAUGCAGUAGAAAGGCCGGUAGCCAGAAGUGAUGUGAAGAGAGGUUUGUGCUAUCGCUGUUUCAAGGGGAAUCGGUUUACUGAGAAGGAAGUGUGCCUUGUUUGCGGUGCCAAGUUUUGUAGUAGUUGUCUGCUGAGAGCAAUGGGGUCCAUGCCAGAAGGGAGAAAAUGUAUUGCCUGUAUUCGUCAUAUGAUUGAUGAAUCAAAGCGAGGAUCUCUGGGAAAACCUUCGAGAAUGCUUAAGAAACUACUCACCGACGGGGAACUUAAACAGAUCAUGAGAAAUGAGAUUUCAUGUGAAGCAAAUCAGCUACCGCCUAGGCUUGUAUCUGUUAAUGGCAGGCCUCUUUCUCUGCAAGAGUUGAGCAUGUUGCAGAACUGUAGGAACCCACCAAAGAAGCUAAAACCUGGGAGGUAUUGGUAUGACAAGCAGUCUGGAUUCUGGGGAAAGGAAAGCCAGCAACCUUGUCAGAUUAUCAGCCCUAGACUGGAUGUUGGUAGUCCAAUUGAGCGAAAUGCUAGCAAUGGAAACACAAAUGUACUGAUAAAUGGUCGGGAGAUUACCAAAAAAGAGCUCUGGAUGUUGCAGAUGGCUGGGAUUCACUGUGAAGGACGCCCACACUUUUGGUUGAGUCCAGAUGGGUCCUACCAGGAAGAGGGUCAGAAGAAUGUCAUGGGGAAAUUAUGGGACAAGUCUGGAAUCAAGCUCAUUUGUGCUGCAUUGUCUUUGCCAAUUCCACCUGAGUCAUGUAAUGGUGAAGUUGAAAAGGAUGCAGAUAAAGUUUGCUCCGAGGGCCUGGAUCAGAAAGCAGACAAUAAACUUCUUUUAGUUGGUUGUGACCAAUCGGGGACGAGUGCAAUAUUUAAGCAGGCCAAAAUUUUGUAUGAUGUUCCUUUCUCUGGAGAUGACCGUCAAAAUAUUAAAUUCAUGAUUCAGACCAAUUUAUAUCGUUACAUUGGAAUUCUGCUUGAGGGCCGUGAAUGGUUUGAAGAAGAUUGUUUGCUUGAAUUAAGGAGACAACAUCUGAGCCAACCUGGUCCAUCAGCAUAUGCUGAGCAGAUUGAGGAAAAAAAUGCUUAUUCCAUCAGCCCAAGGCUGAAAGCAUUUUCAGAUUGGCUUCUACAAGUCAUGAUGUCCGGCAACUUGGAGGCCAUCUUUCCAGCUGCUACCCGUGAAUAUGCAACAUUAAUUGAGGAUCUGGUAAAGGAUAGUGGCUUUCAAGCUACCUACAGCCGGAGAAAUGAGCUGCCCAUGCUUCCUAGAGUUGCUAAUUAUUUCUUAGAUCGGGCUGUUGAGAUUUCAAGAGUUGACUAUGAACCUUCUGAUAUGGACAUUUUGUAUGCCGAGGGCUUUACUUCUUCUAAUGGGGUUACAUCUAUGGAGUUUUCAUUCCCUAUGUCUUCCCAGGAUGGAUACAUGGAGCCCACAGAUCAAAGUGAUCCUGCCAUGAGCUACAGGUACCAACUCAUCAGAGUCCAUGCAAGCAGCCUUGGAGAAAACUGCAAGUGGUUGGGAAUGUUUGAAGAUGUUGAUCUUGUCCUAUUUUGCGUCUCUUUAACAGACUAUGAUGAGUACUAUGUAAACAGUGACGGAGCUUGCAUAAACAAGAUGCUUGCUAGUAAGAAUUUAAUGGAGAACGUUGUUACUCAUCCAUCUUUUGCCCAGAAAAGUUUCCUCCUGAUGCUAAACAAGUUUGACUUGCUGGAGGAAAAACUUGAGCGAGUUCCUCUCUCUCAAUGUGAGUGGUUUCAAGAUUUCUACCCGUUGGUGAGUUUGCAUUCCCAGAGCAGGCACGGUAACAAUACUCCGUCUUUGGCUCAACGUGCAUUUCACUACAUUGGUGCCAAGUUCAAAAGGUUGUUUGACUCCCUAACGGAGCGGAAGCUUUAUGUUUCACCGGUUACUGGACUGGAGUCUGAUAGUGUAGAUGAAGCUUUGAAAUACGCUAGGGAGAUCCUGAAGUGGGAACAAGAGAAACCUACUGUCUCUGUCAAUGACUGGUCUUCUGGGAGCAUGGAGGCUAGCACAUCUUCGUAGUUCGUCCGUAGAAAAUUUUUGUAAAUAAGGGUCUCCCUCAGUUUGUGUUCAUGUACAUAGUGCCCAGAUACCACAAAGCAAACGUAGUAGAACCAGAAAGUGGACAUCUGGAGGCUGUCAAAGGAUAGGAUGUUGUUGAAGCAGCAAAUCACAAAUGCUUCUUCUGUCACUUGCAGAUCUGAACUCCAAGAGAAGUUCGAUAACUUAAUCAUGCUUUUUCCAUCUUUUCCUGCACGCAACAGACUCAAAUUAUAUGUCUUACACCGUUACACGCAUGGUCAUAACCCAAUAUUUCUUUCUCAAUGCUCAUUUCAGUGGAGAUCUCUCAAAAGAUGUUUUUGUUUUCUUUA